AUGCAACAGAAACAAGUAAGAGUUAUUGAAUUUUUUAGUGGUAUUGGUGGGUUACGUUCAAGUUAUGAACAUUCUUCAAUUAAUAUAAGUGCAACAUUUAUACCAUUUGAUAUAAAUGAAAUUGCAAAUAAAAUAUAUUCAAAAAAUUUUAAAGAAGAAGUACAAGUAAAAAAUUUAGAUAGUAUUUCAAUAAAACAAAUAGAAUCUCUAAAUUGUAAUACUUGGUUUAUGAGUCCACCUUGUCAACCAUAUAAUACUUCUAUAAUGUCUAAACACAAAGACAUUAAUGAUCCAAGAGCAAAAAGUGUAUUACAUUUAUAUCGUGACAUUCUUCCAUUUUUAAUAAAUAAACCAACACAUAUUUUUAUUGAAAAUGUUCCUUUAUUUAAAGAGUCACUUGUUUUUAAAGAGAUUUAUAAUAUUCUUAUUAAAAACCAAUAUUAUAUUAAAGAUAUUAUUUGUUCUCCUAUUGAUAUUGGAAUUCCAAAUAGUAGAACUCGUUAUUAUGUUAUGGCACGAUUAACUCCUUUUAAAAAUGAAAUUCAGUUACAUCAAGAAGAAGAGUCAAUGAUAUCAAAUUAUUUAGAUGAUAAUGUUAAUGAGUCUUAUUAUAUUCCUUCUGACUUAAUUCUAAAGAAAGGAAUGUUAUUUGAUAUUGUUGGUAAAGAUGAUAAAAGAACUUGUUGCUUUACUAAGUCAUACACUAAAAUUGUUGAAGGAACUGGUUCUAUUUAUUGUCCAAUAGAAUCUCAUUUUAUUCCAGUCAAAAAAGCUGAAAAUUUACUUAAUAAAAAUUUAAGAUAUUUUACUCCAAAUGAAAUAAAAAAAAUUCAUGGAUUUUCUUCGGAAUUUACAACUCAAGUUGAUGGAAUAACUGAUAAACAGCAAUACCAAUGUCUUGGUAAUAGCGUCUCUUGUUUCGUAAUUGCACAAUUAAUGGAAUAUUUAUUCAGUGAUAUAAAAGAAUAA